AAGAUGCUCGCUUAGUCAAGCAACCACCAGUAGGUAGGACGACGCCCUUAGCCAGACGCUACCGACGACGCCAGAGAUUUCACGCUCUCUCGAACACUUUUAGUUUACAUUGAAAGCUCAGCCGGUUUACGCCUGUCUGUUGUACGCGCAAACAUUCUCGAGCCAAGGACUAAACCGACCGUACAUACGAUGCACAUCCAGCCAUUCCGAUGGACCAAACGUCAGCGCCAGACCACGGUGGCCGUCCUCGCCUUCGCCAUCUACUGGUGGUUCCUGUCCUCGUUCUACAGCCAGUAUCAGCUCGAUACGAUCAUCCACCGGACCAAACCGGAAGCCGUCUGGGAGUACGUGGCCGAUUUCAGCAAGAUGAAAACCCUCAACCCGACCAUUUUAGACUUCAACAUCAUCGCUGACCACGGCAACAUGGACCACUGGAAGUACUCGGUGGAAUACACAGAGCGCCUCUCGCACUGGCCCUACACCAAGAACGCCAACGUGGGUCACUUCUCGGUGCGAAAGCUUCCGGAUGCCGAGGGUGGCCAGUAUUCGGUUGCUUCCACCCACAGGACCUGCUUCAUGCUGGGAUUUGCUUGCUUCAACUCCAUGGGCGAGUUCAAGAUUUCCUACCUCAACGAACAGGACACCUACUGCCAGGAGACGGUCCAGUACCAGUGUCCGUUCCUGUUCGGGCGCUUCUGCCGAAGGGAGGUCGAAUUUCAACGGAAAGCCAUAAUGGCCAAUCUAAACAAGCACUUUCGCCAGAAGCCGAAAUUGAAAUGAGAGCUCCGCGAUGGAAAUGGUGAACAACUACAUAUUCUUAGAUGGCAUUCGCCGGAAACGAUUAAUUGUCCUAUGUGUCAAAGUGCUACCAUUGCUAGAUAGGUGGAAAUUCUCUUCAUGAAGAGGAUUGUCGUGAGGUUGUCGAAAGAUUUACCCUCAAAUCUAUUUUAAGAUGUGGACAUGACAUUGAAUUAAGUUAAGAAGAGAUUUUUGUGAACCAUUUUGAAAAAAAGUGCAGUUAGGGU